GUCACCCAUCAAAAUGUUGACUCUUCUUCUAGUUUCGCUUGUCGCCUCCGUGUCGGCAUACAACAAAGGAGGUCCAUUAUUAGGAGGACUUGUCAAUGGUGGAGUUAUCACAAGUGGCCCACUUCUCGGCGGUGGUGGAAUUAUUGGUGGAUCUGGAGGGAUUGUCGGUGGUGGUGGACUUCUGUUAAAUGGUGGCGGUUUAGGAGGAUUGAUCGGAGGAUUAAAUACAGGACUUGUCGGUGGAGGUCAACCAUGGUGCACAUGUAGUUUGAAAUGUGCACCAGGACAGAUUAAACUCAGCAAAAACUGCAACUUGGCACCUCUCCUGCCAGGAAGUUUGAAUACUUGUUGUUCUGUAUUGCCAUGGUGGGUAACCAACCAAAAUUACGGUGCUUCCCUUGGAGGAGCUGGUAUUAUUGGUGGUGGAGGUAUCAUCGGUGGUGGAGGUAUUAUCGCCGGUGUAAGCGGUCUUGUUGGAGGUGGUAGUGGAGUUCUUGGUCCAAUCGGUGGUAUUGGAGGACCCAUUGGUGGUAUUGUUACUGGACCAGUCAGUGUAGUUAGUGGAGGCAGCAGGGUUGUCGGUGGAUCAUCUGGUAAAGGAUACUAUUAGAUAUUAUAUUGGUAACACGACGAAGACCUGAUAUUGAAUGCUUGCGAAUUGUAUAUUUUUUAAAUAAAUAUAUUCUAGAACAACUUGAA